CCAUCCACAGAAAGGAGGCCAUGAAAGCCAUGACCGAAACCUUCUAUGCAGCCAUAUUUGGAUACGAUGAGGGAAUCCUGUCUGAUGACUGCAUGCUGGCUGCAGCUCUUUGGAGGAACCUGUUCAACCGACAGUGUGAAGACCCCAAACAGCUGGAGCUCAUGGUGGAAUAUGUUCACAAACAGAUGCAGUUCAUCGAUGCUCUGGAUGGGGAGGACCUGCUGCUCACAGGCGAGGUGAAGUGGCGCCCUCUGGUGGAGGAGAACGCUCAAAGCAUCCUGAAGGUGGUCACACCCACUAGUGAUGCGCGGUCCGCCUCCUAA